AUGGACAUUGAAACAAUAGAAGCCAGUGUCAUGAAGACCAAUCACCUUGUAACCGUGGAAGGAGGCUGGCCACAAUUCAGAGUAGGAGCUGAAAUCUGUGCCAGGAUCAUGGAAGGCCCCGCGUUCAAUUUCCUGGAUGCUCCUGCAGUUCGUGUCACUGGUGCCAAUGUGCCUAUGCCUUAUGCAAAGAUUCUAGAAGACAACUCUGUACCUCAGGUUAAAGACAUCAUAUUUGCAAUAAAGAAAACACUGAAUAUCUAG